AUGGUCCUGCAGAACGAUCUGGGGGGAUCGCCCUUGCAGAACCGGAACUUCCAGACUCCUUUCCAGCUGCUUAACCAAUGGCUGCAAAACAACAACCGCGACACAGGCUAUCAACAGCUCCAGCCUGACAUCACUUUUCUCAAAGCGUACGGCUGCCGAGCCUACCCUUUGACGACCCAGGCCCUUCAGAACAAACAGAAAAAGGACCUCAAGACCGACCCUCACACGGAAAUCGGUUAUCUAGUGGGAUACGACUCCACUAACAUUUUCAGGAUUUGGAUCCCUUCGUCAUCCGAAGUCCGACGAGUUCGAGAUGUGACCUUUAACGAACACGAGUUCUACGAAGGAAAGGUAGAGCCACAGAAGCCUAUCCCUCAAUGCUUGGAAGUACAGCUUCCAGCACACAUCGAAGACGAAUCGGAAUACGAGGAAAUUCCCACUCGUAUGGAAGAGCAUGAUCCUCAACCGGACACCCCUUCUUCGACUACAUCGGGUCAAGAAGACACCAGCACCAUCCAGGUUCAACUGGAACACUCUGAACACGAAAAUUCAGAAGACCAGGAUGAGUUUCACGAUGCGGAUAACCCGUACCCGACACCUGAUCCCGCUCAGAGCGAUCAGCAACUUCGACGUUCAUCACGUCCGCCCAAGCCACGGAACUUCGGCAGCUUUGCUAGUUCCCAAAACCACUUUCACAGCUCCUUCUUUCUCGGACGAGAGGAAAAGCUUCAUUCUCGAUCUCUCCCGCCAGAACCCACAUCGUACAAGGAACUGAGCCGUUGCCCCCUGACCUGGGUGUUCAAGUACAAAUUUGACAAGCAUGGCUUCCUUAUCAAGUUCAAAGCCCGCUUAUGCGUACGGGGAGACCUUCAAAAGCUGGGUGACAAAGACACCUACGCUGCCACCCUUGCCGGAAAAUCAUUCCGCGUUCUUAUGGCCAUCACAGCCAAAUUUGACCUCGAAUCCCGACAGCUCGAUGCAGUCAACGCCUUUGCCAACGCCCUCUUAGACGAUGAUGAGGAGAUCUAUGUGUUAUUCCCAGACGGAUACUAUAGACAAGGCUGGGUCUUACGCCUACUCCGGGCACUCUACGGCUUACGGCGUUCCUCUACUUUGAACGACUGGCUCACAGUCUUCUUCUUCGUUGACGAUAUCGUCUUCCUCUAUCGCAAGGAUAACGAGGAUGCAGCUGAUCAUAUGGUUGCAGCCCUCAAGAGGAAAUACGCUAUGACUGAUCAAGGGGAAUUGCAGUGGUUUCUAGACCAAAUUCAGUUAUACCAGAGCAAAGUUGGAUCGCUAAACUAUGCCGCCUGCAUCACGCGCAUGGACAUAGCCAAACCGGCAUCAAAAUUAGCUGAAUCUCUCAACAACCCUUCCGAGCAACACCAAAAGCUCGCGGAUCACCUGAUCGAGUACCUACACGCCACUAGGCACCUCGCAAUUCAGUUUUCAGGCUGCUCUAGCCUCAAUGGAGACCUCGUCACUCCGCUCCAAGCACAUCAUUACAGCGACUUCCAAAGCGCAUCCGACGCCGCUUUUGCUGAUGAUAAAGACACUCGCAAAUCAUCACAGGAAGCUGAGCUUCUCGCCCUUACGCACACAGCUAAGGAAACCAUUGCCACUUUCCGUCUCUUUCAGCAGCUUUCUUAA